AUGUCCUACUACUUCGCCAUUAUCGGGACGCAGGAUAACCCACUGUUCGAGUAUGAGUUCGGCACGUCGAAGCAGGGUGGCGACGGCAUGCCCCGUUUCGCCGAGGCGUCGCGCCACAUGAACCAGUUCAUCCUGCACAGCAGCCUGGAUAUCGUGGAAGAGGCGCAAUGGAAUACCGGCCAGAUGUAUCUGAAGUGCGUCGACAAGUUCCUCAACAGCUACGUCUCGUGCUUCGUCACCGGCGGCAACGUCAAGUUUCUGCUCCUCCAUCAGCCCGUUGUCGUGGGCCCGCAGACGACCGCCGCCACUCGCAACUCCAUCGCCGCGAACCCUACGAGUGUGGCUACCGAGGAAGCCAUCAAAAGCUUCUUCAUGGAGGUCUACGAGAACUGGGUCAAGGCCAUCAUGAGCCCCUUCUACAAAGUCAACAUGGAAGUCAGGAGUCCCAUAUUCCGUGCAAGAGUUGCUGCGGCCGGGAAGAAGUACCUCUAA